CUUUCUCGCAAAGACACCCGACAUGCGUUUCUCUUUUAGUGCCGCAGUGGCAGUUCUUGCUGCCACACCUCAAGCUACGGCUACCUUUAAUGAUAUCGACGAGUGGGAUAUCCUCGCGCAAAAUGCCUUGGCUAACCAGGUGCGCUAUCAGUCUACCAAGCCCCGGUAUACAGAUAGCGAAUGCACCCCUCAUACAGCUUCUGUCCGUCGAGAAUGGGGAACCCUCUCCAAGCAGGAACGCAAAGAGUAUAUUGACGCCGUGGUCUGCCUUACCCAGAGUCCCUCGAAGAUCGACCCUGCCCUCGCUCCUGGAGCGCGUACACGUUACGAUGACUUUGUCGCGAUCCACAUUAACCAGACCCUGAGAAUCCACACAACGGGCAACUUCCUGACAUGGCACCGGUACUUUACCUGGGCCUACGAGCACGCCCUCCGCAACGAGUGUGGCUAUACUGGCUACCAGCCAUACUGGUCCUGGGGCAAAUACGCUGAUGACCCUCUACACUCGCCUAUCUUUGACGGCUCUGAAUAUAGUAUGUCCGGCGAUGGCCUUUACAUACCUCAUGACGGGCCCGAAGUCUUUACAGGCCUCUUCCUGAAACCCGGAAACGGUGGUGGCUGUAUCACCUCCGGCCCUUUCAAGAACUUCACCGUCAAUCUCGGCCCACUCUUUGUAACCCUUAAGGUCCCUGGCGUGGAAAAGCAAAACGGCACCGGCCUUGAGUAUAACCCGCGCUGCCUGCGCCGCGAUAUCAACCCUGACGCUGCUAAAUGGACCACAGUCGAGCAUGUCACUGACCUUAUUAAUAACUACCGUGAUAUCUCUUCUUUCCAGGAUCGCUUGCAGGGUGACUUCGACAACGGCUACGUCGGAGUGCACACCGGUGGCCACUACACUAUUGGCGGCGACCCUGCAGGCGACUUCUAUGCCUCGCCUGGCGAUCCUGCUUUCUUCCUACACCACGCAGCCAUCGACCGUGUGUUUUGGACCUGGCAGAACCUUGACCCUGCUAACCGCACUUUCGUCGUUCAUGGGCCAACUCUGCUCCCCGGACGGGGCCCGAGUCCGAACACGACUCUCGACGAUGUGCAGUAUUUCGAUGUCCUUGCAGAGGAUAAGACAAUCCGCGAGCUGCUUGAUACAGUGGCUGGGCCGCUCUGCUAUGUUUACAAGUAAAUGUAUAGCUUUUUGCCGUCUGAUGUACGUAAUUUUUAGACUUGAUACAAUAUUGCCAUUCUCCGGUUAAUACUGAUAAUAAUAAUAUUGCUACUUCG